UAAACUCCUCGUGACCAUAGUAACGUUACCGCUGUCAUGGCUAAGUUGAUCAGCUCUAAGACGAUUUUAUGGGAACAAAUGUUCGAGGAUGAAUAGAAAUACGGGCAUACAGUGACAACACAAUAUUUCGCUUUGCACUUUAUUCCAUAAGAGAAACCGGUCAAUCACUGUUACUCAUGAAUUCAUACGGCGCCCGGUUACCUGCACCCUCCGGCGAGAACUGUAGCGUUAGUGAAGUCGGGUCAACAUUCCUCAAAAUCGACGGGAGCAAGGAAACUCCAGUUUUUAUGCAGACGGAACAUCCUCUCUGUGAUGAGCAGCAUCCUGAAGCCAUAUGUCCUAGCCCUCUUCUAGAGCUGCAGCAGUGCGCCAGUACUCACUAUCUGGAAAGGACUGUGUUCCCUGUGCUGCUACCUGGUUUAGAGGCCAUGCUGAGAGAAGCUCAGAAACACCACUGCAUGGAGAGGAAAAGAAGUGCAUUUAAUGGCUGCGACUUCCUAACCGAAUGGCUGUAUAAUAAGAAUCCACGAAGGACUGGCCUUACUCAUCUGGACUUUUAUAAGAUUCCCUUUGUCCAAGAUUGGCUCAGCACACAUCCAAGGCCACCCAUCCCUCUCUCACUGUUGCUGACAGCUGAUCAGGCUGCACUUCUCAUCCAAGCCUUCUGGAGGGGCUACAAGGUUCGAGUGCAUCCAGAUGUACAGGAGUUGAGACAGUGGCAAAGAGAGCUUCGAGAGGAAAAUCAAGACAUAACCAAAACAGUUCAAGAGUUUUGGGCACAGCAAGAGAGCAGAGUUGGAUCAGAACUGGCUGACUUUGUUGAAGAAGCUGAUCAGCAUGGUCAAUCUGGGGUGUCCAUCCAGAUUUGAAAUAUGUCUUCUCUCAUCUUUAACUAAGAUAGCUUGAGAAUACAGCAACCAUUUUGACUUCAGUAGGCUGUACCCAUGGAAGAAGCACACACAGCUUAAGAGAGGUGAUUCCAUUAUUUUUGCUUUUAUUAGCAAACAAGCACACAGAUAACACAGCACAUACAGCCUGUGCUGCCAGACUCUUGCAUCCUGCACUACUCCAACUAAACUUAGGCACAGGUGCAAGUAGCUCCAUGUCCCUUAACCUGCAGACCAGAAUUCUGCAGAGCUAGUGAUGCACACUCAUGUACACGUGCACUGCCAUGGCCCUUCUAUAUGUCAUAUAACCUAGUGACGCAAAGAGUGCAAACAGUAAUGUAACAGUAAUAAUAAAGUAACAGUAACAUUAAUUGUGUGUAAUAACUAAAAGGUAUGUCUAGGUCUACUGGCCGUAACCCAGUUUACAGAAGCCGGAGUAACCACCAAUGCCUGAAGUGGUGAAGAGAUCGGACAGAGAACUGCCUCAGGUCCUUUGGCUUCUGUCAGGGCUUGUUCAAGGGAUGUCGGCACAAAUGAGCCCAUGUGACAUUGUUCAUUCUUGCUGCAUCCCCUUGGGAAAACUAUGGGCUAUGUCUGACUCACCAAAAAGUGCAGCCUGGCAGAAAACAUACUUGUAUUCUCCAGUUUCUCUCUCAGCGAUGACUCAGGAGUAGGCGCUGGGAUUCAGGGCCUGGAACCCAUCUGAAACGCUGCUGAAGUAAUAUCUUCAGCACUGAUGUGCAGCUCCAUAUUUCAGGGUGAACAUCAAGCAGUGCUGGCAGUGCUCUCCCUGCUAUGCUAGCCCAAGUGCCCCAACCGUUGCUUCUUCAGAUGACUCAUUUAAUUUCUCUGUGAGAGCCUCAUAGAAUUCUAAGGGUUUUCAACCUUGUAUUAAUGUUAUGCAUAUUAGGACCUCCUGAUGGCAGGUUUUGUUCAAGCUGAGCACCAUCACCUGUUCUUGAUAGCUGCUGCUUUUUUGCUUGCCACUGCCAUUAGAUAUCAUAUGAUAUCAUCUUUCUAUGAUAUUAAAUACAUGAACUGUAAUGUUAAUUAACUAUAUAUUGACAAAGACACUUUAAAUGUGUGAAUAUUGGUAAACAAAGAGUGCAGGAGUUGUAUUUUUAAACCACUGCUAGCUAAUGUGCUUGAUACUUUUUUCUCCUUUAGGCAGUAACUCAAAUUUGCUAGGUAGCUAGCUAGCAUCCUCAAUAAAUUCAGUCAUAGUGUCAUUAGACAAUAAUUUUGUCUCAGGGGACUGGAACAGACAACUCGCCAAUAUUUUGAAUCUGAAUUGCAGUGGCCAUUUUAAACAUUUUAUGUCAAUAUUACAUAUUAGUCCUUUAGAGAGCUACCACAUUGCUAUUAGCACAAGCUAUUAGAACAACUUCUACCUUUCUCCUCACUUCAUUUAUUCUUUAUCAAUUGCCAGACAAGGCAAGGCAGGUUACUUCACGACCAAGGAAAAGUAAAUGAAGUAACCCACAAAAAUGUUAGAACACUGCUGUUAAAACUUAUAACCUUCUACAUGUUUAUUUAUAUACAUUAAAUAAUUAAAAUUGAAUUAAAGUGUUAAAUAAAGUACUGUAAAACUAUUCCAUCCACAACCCGACUACCUCACAGCCUUAAACUAGGCUGUGGGUUAUGAGAAACAAGGCGUGAUAAUGGAAAAUGGAAAUUGUGCUUUACAUUUAUGAUGCUGUUUCAUUGCUCUCAUGGUGUUCCUACUCCCUACACAUUACACCCUACCAUGUUUUACUUUUUUUUCCCUUUUGGCUGGUUUUGUUAAUAGGCACACAAAAAUAGAACUGAUAUAUUGCUGUAUUAAGUAUACACUUUAUUUUUCACUUGGAAAAAUACAUGUUUAUCCAUUAUUUUUCACUGCCCAGCAGUUAAAGUUGUCUAGAAUUGGGGCUGUUAUACUUUAACAUUAAGAAAUGCUGUAUGACCAUAGCUCCAGGUUCCCUAAAUAAUCCAUGAAUUGGAAAAUGUCAUAGUUGCACCUCCCAGACAAUGAAUUGUUGCAUUGCUGAAAUGCACAUUUUGUCCUAUAACCAAUAUGCUUUGAUCAGUAGAACAACAAAGAGUGCACUGUAUAAACUUUGGGCUGGUCUAUGGAAAUGUCGAGCUUGUUCUAAGUAUGAGGAUAUGAGAAUCUUUGCUAAUCAUUAAAUAUAUCAGCAAUGGUAAAUAAAGUCAUGUCCUUUUUGGAGAUAUUGUUAUGUGUCCAGGUGCCAGAAUCAAAUCUUUGGACAAAUUCUUCAAAAUCCAAAUAUUAAAUACAAAGAUGACACUUUAUUUAAUUUUUGUCAGAAGUCUUUCACAGAAACAGUAAAAUGUCUUCAUUGGGGAAAAAAGUUCCACUGCACAGUCACACUGACACCAACCCUGUCAGCUAUCCGAAAUGAUACAGUCUGAAGGUGAGACAACUGAGUGGGUCAAGGAAUACAAACUUAACAUACAGUGUGUUGCGCACGUCUCAUCACUGGUUUACUACUUAAUUACUGAACACAGAGAAGAUAUAUGUAGCAGCUUUGUCUUUCUCUUUUCCCAUGUUCAGUCCCAGAACAUCAGGGCUGUGUAAGGGAAUUGAUGAUGAUGCAGGAAGCGUGAAGGCUGUUUUUGACCAUCUUCUUUGAUAUACCCUUCAGCUCUUAAAGGUCCAUCGGAUUAUAAUUAAUAAAGUCAAAAACAUUUUGUGUCAUCUGAAAAUACACUGAGCUUAAUAUGAUUCUGUCACAUGGAUAGAACUAGUUAACAGUAUCUCUGAGAAGGUUUUUAACAUGUAGACAUGGCGAUGAGCAUGCACAUAUAGGUAACUGACAAAUGCAAAUUUUACAAA